AUAAUAAUUUUAGUGAUUUUACAUUGCUCGAAGGAUAAACAGGACGAAAGUUUCUGAUAACAAGAAGGAAAUAUGGCCAGCCCAAGAACCAGAAGAGUUUUGAAAGAUUUAAGGAUUAAAGAUGAGAGUAAUUCAUGUUUUGAAUGCGGCGUCCACAAUCCCCAGUGGGUGAGUGUGACCUAUGGAAUCUGGAUUUGUCUAGAAUGUUCAGGAAAACACAGAGGUUUAGGCGUUCAUCUCAGUUUUGUAAGAUCAGUUUCUAUGGAUAAAUGGAAAGAUUCUGAACUUGAAAAAAUGAAAGUAGGAGGAAACAGGAAAGCAAAAGACUUUUUCAAGUCCCAGCCUGAUUAUACCGAUGGAAUGUCUCUGCAUGACAAGUACAACUCAAAGGCUGCAGCACUGUACCGUGAUAAGAUUACUACAGAGGCUGAAGGCAGGCCAUGGAGCAUCAAGACUUCAUCUGCGAGAAAUUAUGUUGCUGCCUUGCCACAAGCUGGAUUGAAGACAUCAUCUAGCUCAAGUCGUAAUUACACGAACAGCAGUUCUUCAGAUUUCUCUUUCUCUGACAACCAGAGUUACCAAAAGGAUAUGAUCAACAGUGAUGACUUCAAGAAACAGAGAGAUGGUUUCUUUGAUAGAGUACAGCAAGAGAAUGCACAACGUCCAGAACACUUGCCACCUAGCCAGGGAGGGAAGUAUGUAGGAUUUGGAAGUACGGUCACUCCAACCAAAAGAGACGAUGAUUUCUUUGAAAACACUUUUUCCUCCAUUCAAUCUGGAUGGUCAUCAUUUACAGUUGGGGCUUCAAAAAUGGCAGCAGUAGCUUCAGAAAAGGCCUCACAUGUAGCUACCCUGACUGCAGCCAAAACCAAGGAACUCGGACAAUCAGUCAACGACUCUGUCAUCAAACCCACAAAGGACAAGGUAAAAGAAGGAAAUCUGUUGAAUGACGUCGGCAGCUCCAUGAGUGGCUUUGCAUCAAAGCUGUCAUCUGCCAGUUCUAAGGGAUGGACCAAUUUCCAGUCUCUUUGGGGAGAACCUAAAACAACUUUGUCAUCUGUGGACACCAGUCCAGGGGAGAAAUCUUCCCUCCUCACAGAUAAUGCAUCACCCCAGAGAGAUCCCAGUAAAAAUCGACUUUUGUCAGAUGAGGAUUCAUGGGAUAGCUGGGAGGGUGACUGGCAAGAUGGCAAGAAAAACCAGAAAAAAAUGCACUCGAGUGAUUACAACGAUCAGGGUUUGUCCUCAGACAGGAAUACUGAGGAGGACGAGUUUGAAGCAUGGUUGAAUGAUGAGAAACCACUUCAGUCAAAAUCCUCAAAACCCAAAAAGGAUGAAAAUGAAUGGGAUAGCUGGGGCGCAGAAACAGAUUUUAAAACAAACAAAAGUAAAAAGUCUAGCCCUAAAAAUCACAGUAAAAAGUCUUCCAAGACCACCAGUAAGAGCAACGAUGGUUGGGACGAUGCAGACUGGGGCGAUGGCUUCUCGUCCCCAAAGAAACAGAAGGAACCAUUGGUUGGAAACCUUCUAGAUCUCGAAGAUGAACCUUCCUCACAAACCAAUGGAAAUUCUGGCUGGGACAAUGAAGUUUGGGCUAAUGAUGAUGACGUUGAUGAUUGGCAGAGUCUAGAUUUGGGCACGACGGAUUCUAGUAAACGGAAAUAAGUUCUUCUUGCUCCUAGUAUCAAUGUAUAUUUACAGAUUGGGUUUAAUGUGUUCAGUGUAUAUGCCAAAGUUGAAUGUGAUAGAAAUACUUGUUAUUGCUUUGUGCGAAUGGACUGUUGUAUAAAAGGGGAAAGAAACAGGGGGCCAAUAUUUUGUUUAAGGGAUGAAUAUUGUUGAAGAUAGCUUUCUGUCGUAGACUUUUUAGUAGUCUAAUUAUACGCUGGAUAUAAUUUAAAGGCAAAUUGUAUAUUGAGAUGGUUCCUGUUGAUGUUGUGCUUAAAAUUGUGUUCUUGCCUCCGAGUGAUAUGGGAGGGAAAAAAGUCACAUUUUUGCUGUUAAUGAAAAUGUUUCCACGAUUGUUAAGCGAAAUACUGUGAUGUAGACCUUUUGUUCUAUUACAAGAGGCGCUGUAUUUCUUCAUGACAUUUUGUUAUUAUUAUCACUUAAAGACUGCUACAUGAUAUUUGCACAGCAAUUUAUGAUAGAACUGCACCGUAAACAUCAUACAAUAGUCUCUAGUUAUAUAUCUGUGACAUGGAGGUGCUGGAAGUUGGGUUGGAGGUUUAAUGGGUCUUUUGAACUCCUCUCGUUCUCCUUGGGAAUUUCUUCCUUGUUUGAAAAAAAAAUUGAUAUGCUUGAAUUCCUUCAGUCCUCACUUUGGAUUUGCUGGCAACCAUUUGUCCUUCAUUACCAUAGAAAAAAACACAUAUUUUCUGCUGAAGUCUUUGAAUUUUCAUUGUCAUAAAAAAAAAAGAACAUCUGAAAGGAUUUAGGAUUACUUAACAUCCAAUUUAUUAUAAUUCACUCACAACAUAUUCAUUUUAUCAUAAUACAUGUAUAUACAUAGUCAGUGAU